AUGACCUCCCAGGUUUGUCAGAAUUAUUCCACCGAAGUGGAGGCUGCCAUGAACCGCCUGGUCAACCUGGACCUGCGGGCCUCCUACACCUACCUCUCGCUAGGCUACUAUUUUGAUCGGGAUGACUUGGCUCUGGAGGCUGUAGGCCACUUAUCAGGCAAAUUGGCAGAGGAGAAGCGUGAGGGCGCCAAGCGUCUCCUCAAGUUGCAGAACGAUCGCGGAGGCCGUGCACUCUUUCAGGAUGUGCAGAAGCCAUCUCAAGAUGAGUGGGGUAAAUCCCAGGAGGCCAUGGAAGCUGCCCUGGCCUUGGAGAAGAACUUGAACCAGGCCCUCUUGGAUCUUCAUUCCCUGGGCUCUGCUAGCACAGAUCCUCAUCUCUGUGACUUCCUUGAAAACCACUUCCUGGAUGAGGAAGUGAAGGUCAUCAAGAAGAUGGGCAACCACCUGACCCACCUCUGCAGGUUGGCUGCUGGGCCCCAGGCGUCUCUGGGCGAGUACCUCUUUGAGCGGCUCACUCUCAAGCAUGACUAG